AUUUCAGGGAUUAGGCGCUGUCUGUCCGUGCACAAUAUAGCAUUUUUUACAAAAAUAUGAGUCGUUUUGAUGAGCUUCAAAAAGGUUUGGAACUUCCUGGAGACUGUGGGAACACGACGACAAAAGCUCCCCCUUGGUUAGAUCGGGAGAAGUUCUAUAGAGCUCGCCGUGUAUUUCAGUCACACUUUUUCAGUAUAUUUUUUGCUCACCUGACGGGACUGAUUUUUGUGGUGUCCAUCCCUGGAACGUUGACCCCACUGUUGUACACUGGCAAUUCCUCCAAUUUAGUCCGCAUCUUCCGGCGUUACGUCAGCACUAUGCGUCACGUCCGGCAGUGGUAUGAAGGCGACAUCUGGAAUCCAGAAGAUCCUGCUUACAAGUCCAUCACUUUGAUUCGUCAAAUGCACAACAAAGUAGCCAACAAAAUGAAUGCAGAAGAUGUUGAUACUACACAAAGUAAUUGUGCAAUGAAGCAAAGUGAAACCCUGUCGAGUUCACAACAGUCAGCGAAGAUUCAUAUAUCCCAGUAUCACAUGGUUUUGACGCAAUUUUCAUUCAUUGGCUUUAUAAUAAUGUUUCCACGUUUUAUAGGCAUUUACUGUUCCCGCGAAGAUAUGGAAUGUUUCAUUCACUUUUGGAGGGGUAUCGGAUAUCAAUUGGGCAUUGAUGACCGUUUUAAUAUCUGCUCUGGGAGCGUGGAAGAAACAGAAGCCUUCUGUCUGGAAUUGAAAGAGAAGGUGCUGAAACCCUCAAUUAUAUCUUCUGUACCCGAGUCUGAACGUAUGAGCAAAGACAUCAUCAGAGCAAUGAGCGUAGUAGUCCCUUUCUUGAACUGGACAGCCACCAUGAGGUUCUGGUAUGAAAUCUUGGGUAUUACUUUGCAUUUUAAGUACUCGUUUUAUGUUUCUAUCUGUUACUGGCUUAUGAUUGUAACUCAUCGGUUUCUGUUGAGGAUUACCUUGCUCCGAAUUUUCUUUAACUUUCUUGUUCGUAUGUCGUAUUGGAAAGCAAUAAAUUGGUCAGAUAGUUUUGAAAAACUAUUGGCUCAGAAAAUGACCUGAUUGUUCACUAAACAUAUAUCGGGUAUAGACCUUAUAGUGAUGAAAAAACCGUAAUCCAGUCAACAUGUCGAUUCAUCAUUGUUUGAUUCGUCUGUACUGGUCAUGUAUUACGUAGCACCUAGAAAUAGGGACCUUCGUUCAUCAAUGUGCGCAUCUUGAAAAGUAAGGAGUUAAUUUGUAUUUAUUUCAGUUGGAUCACUGAUGAUGAAACAAUUUAGUUUGGACUUUUUUAUUUUUUUACUGAAUUUCAGAAGAACGAAGACAAAAGCGUGAAAAAGAUGGUGGUCAUCAAAUACUUGAAGUAAGUUUUAAGAAAGAAAUAUUAAUUGAGGAAGAACGUUCUCCUGAUUCGAAAAAUGAAAGAAAAAUCAGUGCAAUACAUGCAACAUUGUUUAUUGGCGCCAUUAAUUUCUGAGAACUGCAUGAAAACACUUGAUCAAACAAAUUGCACAGUUAACGUUUUUGAGUGGACGAAUUAAAUACCUGUUGUUUCUGACAAUACUAUGCCUUAUUGUAAACUUUUGGGUUGUUUAAACCAAUAAACAAAGAAACAUAAA